CGAGCACUGCACGGUGCACACGUCGGGACUGCACACAAUUCCUAAGAAAUAUACCUGCUAUUUAUGGCAUGUGGCUGGUAAUAUUACUCCUGCUGUAUUCUUUUAAAGAAGUGAACAGUGAAGAUGUGGUCUCGACACGGCUGUACUUUGUGAACGCCUCCCUGCAGAGAGUGACCUUCUCCAGCUCGGUGGGGGUGUCCCUGCCCUGCCCUGCAGGUGGCGCCCCCCACGCAGUCCUCCGCUGGUACCUGGCUACCGGCGACGACAUCUACGAUGUGCCCCACAUUCGCCAUGUGCAUGCCAACGGCACGCUGCAGCUCUACCCUUUCUCUCCAUCUGCCUUUAACAGCUUCAUUCAUGACAAUGAUUACUUCUGCACUGCAGAAAACCAGGCCGGCAAAAUCCGCAGCCCCAGUAUACGCGUCAAAGCAGUGUUCAGGGAGCCAUACACAGUUCGCGUGGCUGACCAGCGGUCCAUGCGAGGCAAUGUGGCCGUCUUUAAGUGCCUCAUUCCCUCAGCCGUGCAGGAGUAUGUCAGCGUGGUCUCCUGGGAGAAGGACACUGUCUCGAUCGUCCCAGGGAACAGGUUUUUCCUAACAUCGUAUGGGGCUCUCUACAUAUCGGAUGUCCAAAAAGAGGAUGCCCUUUCUACCUACCGCUGCAUCACCAAACAUAAAUACAGUGGGGAGACCAGACAAAGCAAUGGUGCUCGUCUAUCAGUGUUAGAUCCCACAGAGUCCACACCCACAGUGAUGGACAGCUUCCAGUCAGGUGAGGUGCAGGUGGGGCGCAGCGUGGAGUUGCCCUGCAUCGCCUCGGGCUUUCCCAACCCCACCAUCCGCUGGCUGAAGGACAGCAGGCCGCUUCCAGCCGACUCUCGAUGGACACGCCGUCUCACCGGUCUCACUAUCAGUGACCUGCGCAUGGAGGACUCGGGGAACUACAUCUGUGAGGUUACAAACAGCUUCGGCUCCAAGGAGGUCACCGGCUACCUUAACAUCAUAGAGCCUCUGAAGGUCACACUCUCCCCUAAGAACCUUAAGACGGGGAUCAGCAGCACGGUGAUCCUGUCCUGUGCUGUACAGGGUUCCCCUCACUUCACCAUAUCCUGGUUCCGAAACACAGAGCCUGUACUUCCAGACCAGCACUUUUCCAUUCAGGGUGUCCACAACGAGACUCUGUUUAUUACUGCGGCCCAGAAAAGACACUCAGGGGCCUACCAAUGCUUUGCUACUCGGAAGGGUCAGACUGCACAGGACUUCUCCAUUAUUCUGCUAGAAGAUGGCACACCGAGAAUAGUUUCAUCCUUCAGUGAACGCGUGGUGGCACCGGGCGAGCCCUUCUCCCUAAUGUGCGCAGCCAAAGGUGCCCCUCCACCCACCAUCACCUGGACCCUGGAUGACGAGCCCAUCGUCCGCGACUCUUCGCACCGAGCCAGUCAGUACACGCUCUCGGAUGGCUCCACCGUCUCCCACGUCAACGUCAGCAACCCGCAGAUCCGUGAUGGGGGCGUGUACCGCUGCGCUGCACGCAACUCGGCCGGUAGCGCAGAGUACCAAGCGCGCAUAAACGUAAGAGGUCCCCCGAGUAUCCGGGCCAUGCGCAACAUCACAGCCGUGGCCGGUCGCAACACCUUCAUAAACUGUCGUGUGAUCGGCUACCCCUACUACUCCAUCAAGUGGUACAAAGACGGCAUGCUGCUGCCGGACAACCAUCGUCAGGUGGUUUAUGAGAACGGCACGCUCAAGCUGAGCGACGUGCAGAAGGGGAUGGACGAGGGGGCUUACCUGUGCAGUGUGCUUAUCCAACCACAGCUGUCUAUUAGCCAGACUGUCUAUGUCACUGUGAAAGUUCCUCCUCUCAUCCAGCCUUUCGACUUCCCUCCGACUUCCAUCGGUAAGCUGAUGUACAUAGCGUGCGUGGUGUCGUCCGGAGACAUGCCCAUUCGGAUCACAUGGCGCAAAGAUGGCCAGGAGAUCGUGUCGGGCACCUCCGGGGUUACCAUCGAAACCAAGGAGUUCAUGAGCUCUCUGCAGAUCUCCAAAGUCUCCCUCAAGCACAACGGAAACUACACUUGCAUUGCGAGCAAUGAUGCCGCCACCGUCAGCUCAGAGAGGCAACUAAUAGUAACAGUACCCCCUCGUUUCCGAGUUCAGCCAAACAACCAGGAUGGGAUCUAUGGAAAGUCUGGGGUUCUGAACUGCUCUGUAGAUGGCUACCCUCCCCCAAAGGUCAUGUGGAAACAUGCUAAAGGUAUUGGAAAUCCACAGCAGUACCACCCGGUUCCUCUGACUGGCCGCAUUCAGAUCAUGCCCAAUGGGUCUCUUCUGAUCCGGCAUGUUUUGGAAGAGGACCGUGGCUAUUAUCUGUGCCAAGCCAGCAAUGGAGUGGGUUCUGACAUCAGCAAGAGCAUGUUGCUCACAGUCAAGAUUCCUGCCAUGAUCACAUCCCACCCUAACACGACCAUGGCUAUAAAGGGUCAGAAUAAGGAGCUGAAUUGCACCGCACGUGGUGAGUACCCCAUCAUUAUCCGAUGGGAACGCGGUGACACGGUCAUCGACCCUGACCGUAACCCUCGCUACUCCAUCACCACCAGCCCCAAUGAAAAGAGCGAUGAAGUGAUUUCUACACUUAAGCUAAAGCCUGCUGAGCGAGGGGACUCCGUGUUUUUCUCCUGUCAUGCUAUCAACUCCUAUGGAGAGGGCCGAGGCCUUAUUCAGCUGACUGUGCAAGAGCCCCCUGACCCCCCAGAAUUAGAGGUCCGUGAGGUAAAAGAUCGCAGCAUGAACUUGAGAUGGACCCAGAGGUUUGAUGGCAACAGCAUCAUUACCAGUUACGACAUCGAAUAUAAAAACAAAUCUGAUCCAUGGGAACUGAAACAUGCCACACGGAAAAUCUCCCCUACCAAUAACCAGGCCAACAUCGUGGAGCUGCACCCUGCUUCGGUGUACAGCAUUCGUAUGUACUCGUACAACAAAAUUGGUCGUAGUCAGGCCAGCAAAGAGCUGACCAUCAGCACAGAAGAAGCAUCUCCUGACGGGCCGCCCAUGGAGGUUAUUCUGCAGCCUAUGACAUCACAGAGCAUACGCGUUACAUGGAAGGCCCCGAGGAAGGAGCUGCAGAACGGAGUGAUCCGCGGCUAUCAGAUCGGCUACAGAGAAAACGGGCCGGGCAGCAACGGCCAGUACAGCAUAGUGGAGAUGAAGGCGACGGGGGACAGCGAGGUGUACACCCUGGAUAACCUGAAGAAGUUCGCCCAGUAUGGAGUGGUUGUGCAGGCCUUCAACCGAGCUGGAACAGGUCCAUCCAGCUCAGAGAUCAAUGCUACAACCCUUGAAGAUGUUCCCAGUCAACCUCCUCAGAAUGUACGGGCCAUUUCAGUGACAUCGGACGAGGCUGUAAUAACAUGGUCAGAACCUCCGCGUAUGACCCUCAACGGCGUCCUGAAGGGUUAUCGUGUGGUAUUCUGGUCCCUCUUUCCUGAUGGAGAAUGGGGUGAGAUGCAGAACAUUACGACUACACGUGAGCAGGUGGAGCUAAGAGGCUUAGAAAAGUUCACAAACUACAGUGUCCAGGUGUUGGCCUACACUCAGGCGGGGGACGGUGUCCGCAGCAACGUUCUCUACAUCCAAACACGAGAGGAUCACCCUGGUCCUCCAGCAGGCAUCAAAGCUGUCCCCUCAUCAGCCAACAGUGUCGUGGUAUCCUGGCUCCCGCCAACCAAGCCAAAUGGGAUCAUCCGCAAAUACACCAUUUACUGCUCCAGCCCUGGAUCAGGACAACCGGCUCCCAGUGAAUACGAGGCAAAUCCAGAGGUGCUAUUCUAUCGCAUUACCCACCUGAACCAGGGGCAGCAAUACCUGAUCUGGGCCGCAGCUGUUACCACCGCUGGUCGGGGCAACAUCAGCGAAAAGGUCACUGUAGAGCCAGCUGGAAAAGCUCCUGCUAAGAUACUUUCAUUUGGAGGUACGGUUACAACCCCAUGGAUGAAGGAAGUGCGGCUUCCGUGCAGUUCAGUCGGGGAGCCAAAUCCUACCAUAAAAUGGACCAAAGACAGCGAGAACACUGCUAUUCCAGUCUCUCAGGAUGGUCAACGGAACAUUCUGGCAAACGGAACUCUGAUACUACGUUCAGUAAAAGCCGAGGAUUCUGGGUACUACACAUGUACGGCCACCAACACACUAGGGUUUGAUACCAUCAUUGUGAACCUCCUGGUGCAAGUUCCACCAGAUCAACCUCGUCUGACAGUCUCCACCACGUCAACCUCCUCUAUUACACUGGCCUGGAUUCCUGGAGACAACGGAGGAAGCUCCAUACGAGGCUUCGUACUGCAGUACUCUGUGGAUAAUACUGAGGAAUGGAGGGAUGUGUUCAUUAGCUCCUCCGAGCGCUCGUUUAAGCUGGAAAACCUUCGCUGUGGGACCUGGUACAAGGUCAAGCUCGCAGCAAAGAACAGUGUUGGAGCUGGCAGGAUAAGUGAAAUAAUUGAGGCGAAGACUCAUGGCAGGGAGCCACAGUUUAACAAGGAUCAGCCCUUGUUCACCCACAUCAACUCCACCCAUGCUCGGCUCAACCUGCUGGGCUGGACCAGCGGCGGAUGCCCCAUCAACGCAGUGAUGCUUGACUUUCGCCCCAAAGGCACAUGGGCAUGGCAGAGCAUACGCACCAAUGUCACAACCGACGUCUUCUUAGCCGAGCUGCGUGAGGCCACUUGGUAUGAGUUGAAGAUGAAGGCCUGUAACAGCGCUGGCUGUGGCAACCAAACCUCUCAGUUUUCCACGCUAGACUACGAUGGCAGUACUAUUCCACCAAUCAAAUCUGCACGUGGAGAGGGUGAAGACGUAAAGAAGCUGUUCUCUAUCGGCUGUCCUGUUAUUCUAGUCACGCUGGGCAUGGCCCUCCUCUUUAUUAUUCGAAAGAAACGCAAGGAAAAGAGGCUGAAGAGACUUCGAGAUGCAAAGAGUUUGGCUGAGAUGCUAAUCAGUAAGAACAAUCGCAGUUUCGACACCCCAGUCAAAGGCCCACCUCAGGGGCCUCGGUUGCACAUCGAUAUCCCACGCGUACAACUUCUCAUCGAGGAUAAGGAGGGAAUCAAACAGAUCGGUGAAGACAAAGCCACCCUACCUGUCACGGACACAGAGUUCAGCCAAUCAGUGAACCCUCAGAGUUUCUGCACUGGGGUGUCUGUGCAUCACCCCGCCCUCAUUCAGAACACCGGACCCUUGAUUGACAUGUCUGAUAUCAGACCCGGAACCAAUCCAGUGUCUAGGAAGAGCGUUAAAUCGGCUCACAGCACAAGAAACCGCUACUCAAGCCAGUGGACCCUGACGAAGUGUCAGGCUUCCACACCUGCUCGUACCCUAACCUCUGACUGGCGUACUGUUGGCUCUCAACAUGGCAUCACAGUCACGGAGAGUGACAGCUACAGCGCCAGCCUGUCCCAGGACACAGACAAGGGACGUAACAGUAUGGUGUCAACAGAGAGCGCGUCUUCCACGUACGAGGAGUUGGCCCGUGCCUACGAACACGCCAAGCUGGAAGAGCACCUCCAGCACGCCAAGUUCGAGAUCACGGAGUGCUUCAUUUCGGACAGUUCUUCUGACCAGAUGACCACGGGCACCAACGACAACGCUGACAGUAUGACGUCAAUGAGCACACCUUCUGAGCCGGGCAUCUGCCGCUUUACGGCGUCUCCUCCUAAACCGCAGGACUACGACCGUGGCAAGAACGUAGCGGUGCCUAUACCACACCGUGCCAACAAAAGUGAGUAUUGCAACCUUCCCCUGUACAUGAAGACGGACCCGUUCUUCCGUAAACAGGCUGAGCUGCACGACCCGUGCCCUGUGGUGCCUCCUCGGGAAGCCUCCAUCCGAGGUUUGGCGGCUCGGGCCUACCACACGCAGGGCCGUCACAUGACAUUAGACCCGUCCAAACAGCAGGCCCUGACACUCAGUCACGGUGGCUUGAGUAGCCUAACCAGCUCAGGAGCAUCAGGGGCAUCCGGCCCGGCCUCCAGCACCACCACGGGCGGCUCCAGCAUCAGCUCGGGUACGUCCACGUUGCCACAGAGGACUCUUACCAUGCCCAGCUGUACGUCCACCUCCUUAACCGGGCAAAGUACCGGGGCGGCCGGGGCGGCGGCCGGAGCCGUGGCCAGUACCAGCUCCGUAGGAGGAGGUGGCGUGGCCAGUAGCUCCAAGGUCGGGGGCUCUAGGGACUCUCUCCUGGAGAGCAGCUCAUCUGGUUUGGGCAGACUGCAGAAGCAGAGCGCUGGGGCGUAUUCAAAGUCUUAUACUUUGGUCUAGGCCCUGUUCUGCCAACUCCACACAGACAUUUUAAGCAAAUUAAUUUCAUACAUUCGCAUCUAUCUGGUGCCUAAGUGGCACAAGGUAAACUGUUCAGUGACAGUUCCCACAGGGAUUUGUUUCUCCUGAACUCACCCUAUUAGACUUUUACCCUUUUUCUUGCUUGUUUACCCGCUCCUGUUUCUACCCUGUUUAUACUGUAUAUUGUUUAUUUGCUUCUGACGUUUGGUUUUAUCUACGAUAUCACGAUAAGCUCUUUUUUUUAUUUAUUCAUUAUUUAAUUUUAGCAAGGCAAACAUAACUUGCUUGAAUUUAUUUCUUCCUUUCUUUUUUGAUUAUUAUUUAAAUUUUUUUUUAUUUUAUUUUAUUAUUUUAUUAAUUUUUUUGAUCAGACACCUUGGAAUUUAUGCACGGAUUGCUUCCCAUGACAGCAGAAACAAUUACAAGUUCAGAAUAAAUUGUUUCGAAGUAUUUUUAAUGCCUCUUUUGAAGAAAUAAUUACAAAAACUUUUGAUAGGUUAAAAGUUUCUCGGGAAGUAUUUAUGCAUAAAAAAAACAAUCUCGGUGUCUACGUUUCCCCCAUUCUUGCCUGGACUUUUUGGAUUUUUUCAUGCAACUAAGGACACAAUAUAAAAUGCUAUUGACUGUUUUUAUAACAAAUA